AUGCCUCGGCCUCUAUCUCCACAUCCAACUCCCCCAGUGGGUCUUGCUGCCCUCCGCUCUGCAGCUCCUCCUGCCCUCCACUCUGCAGCUCCUGCUGCCCUCCACUCUGCAGCUGCUGCUGCUCUCCACUCCGCAGCUCUUGCUGCUCUCGGCUCUGCAGCUCCUGCUGCCCUCCACUCUGCAGCAGCUGCUGAUCUCCUCUUUGCAGCUGCCGCUGCCCUCCGCUCUGCAGCUCCUGCUGCCUUCCGCUCUGCAGCUGCUGCUGCCCUCCCCUCUGCAGCAGUUGCUGCUGCCCUCCGCUCUGCAGCUGCUGCUGCCCUCCCCUCUGCAGCUGUAGCAGUUUGCUCUCGCGACGCCGAAUUCGCAAGCUGCUGCGACUUACUGGGUAUCUCUAACGCCGCCAUGACAACGAUUACGCCUGCUGCUCUCGCUGCCGCUCUCCUGGCGUGCUUCGCCGCGCUUCUCGCCCCUCCCGAGGCAUUUAUCUGCGCUCAAAACGCUUUCCUCGUAGCGAAAGCCAAGGCUCUUCACGCCUCGGCGAAUCAGGUUGCGGCGGAUCUGAAAGCGGCGCAAGCGGACGCCGCCAAACAGGCGGCUGAAGUCGCGGCCGCCACGCAAACUCUGUCCGAUCUGCAGGGCCCAGACCUAGCUCUCAACGACCGCAUUGCAAUGAUCUCCGAUAUGAAUAACAGCGUCGCCGAUGCACAGCAGAUCCGUCACCCGCAAAUCCCGGCGGCAAAGAAGGCGGUCAACGACGCGACGCGGCGCGCGCGCAUGACGUCAAUGCUGCUAGAGGAAUGGGGGCUCGUCGUGCAAGAGGCCGCGGACGCGGAACGUGACGCGGAAAGGGCCGUUAAGGCCAACCCGACUUCGCUGAUAGCGCAAGCUGCGCUCGUGGAAGCGCAAUAUUACCGCCAAUCUGUGGAGGAGGUGCUCCCGGAUAUUGUGGCGCAAGAUGCGCGCGCGCAGGCACGGCUGGAUCGCGUUCAGAAGGAAUUGCUCGCUCUAGUCUCGCAGGGUCCGCAAGAAGAGAGCAUUUUCCAAAUGGCAGUGGACGAUGCAAGAGGCGCGGUGAAUGCUACUCGCCUGGUGGCGAAGCAGAGCCAGGCUGUCGCAGAAAAGAAGGUGAUUCAGCUCACGGAUAAGCUCAAGGUUGCGCUGGUGCAAGCUGACAAGGCAGAAAAGGCUGCCGGAAUAAUCAAGCGGUCGUCUCUUGUCACUCCGCCUAGUCCUUCUCUUCAUGCAACAUCCGCGUUAUGGCCUCGCUCGCUGCACGCACAGGUGUUUGUCGUCGCCCAAACUCACACAUCAGGCCAACUCAACGCUAGUGCAGUUGCUAAUACCGCGGAUGUUAGUAUCGCGGAAGCAAGUGGCCCCAGUCCCCCGCGGGAAGGGUUUGCGCUGUCGUUUCUGGGGCAGUGGCGGAAGGAAAACGCGGCGGAGAUCGGGUACCGCGUGGCGGAGCCCGCAUCCGCGCGCUUCAGAGGGGGAGCGGCAGGGGGAGCAGCGCAGAACGGGGGGAGUGACGUCAGCGAAGCGGCCGGGGUGGAGAUCAAGGAGCAAGACGCGUUCGCUGUGGUUCAGGUGGGGUCGCACCAGUUCAAGGUGACGCCAGGAGACGCCAUCUACGUGGAGAAGCUCAACUUCGCCCAUGUCAACGACGUGAUUCAUUUGGAGAAGGUGCUUCUGAUUGGCUCGCCUUCCUCAUCCCUCAUCGGCCGGCCCACUCUCCCAGGCGCGUUUGUUUCAGCGCUUGUGGAGGAGCAUGCUCUUGACGCCAAGGUGAUAGUGUUUAAGAAGAAGAGGAGAAAGAACUACCGCCGCACCAACGGUCACCGACAGGAAUUGACUCGGCUUCAGAUUCUUGAAAUAGCUGGCAUGGAUGCUGCCGAGGAGGGGGCAAUUGAAGCAGUGUUCUUGGAUUUCCAGAAUCCAUCCAGCAUAAUGUACGACUAUUCGCCAAUGAGAACGCCGUUUAAGAACGUCGAGUCGCUAAUACCGUAUCCCGUGGCGCUCGCUUGGUCGGUAGUCUCGACGCUUCUUCUCCUCUGCUCGAUCUCGCUCGUCGCCGUUCAGCUUCCCCAGCAAUGCUCACCGUGCAACUGCGACUUAGCGCUAAGAACCACAGACGGAAGCGGUAGGGGAGGCGGCGUCGCAGCUCAGUCAUGCUCUCACUGGGUAUCAACAAGCAGAGUCACUCCGGUAGUCCAAAAUGGCGGAGAUAGCAGCUCAUCGCGGCAAAACAGUGUCGAAGAUGCGUGGGCGUUUACGAAGUGGACACCGCGCGUUUCCCAGUGUCUUGUAGCGGGACUGCCUAUAGAGGAGCUAGACGCGCACCUGAACUUUCGCCGCGGAUGGACCCUGGGCUUCGUCGAUGACGUGGAGGACAAGACACAGAUCUUACCGUUCCUAAGAGCCAACAUGGAUCCCAGCUUGCACAGGAGAAAGCGGAGGGUGCUUAUAGACCUCGGAGCCAACGAGUUUGGGACAAGUGUCACCUGGUUCCUUCGAAUGUACCCGCUCGAUUUCACCGAGAUUCAUGCGGUGGAAGUGGAAACUGGCCUGUUUCAAAAACCAUCUACACCGCCGCUUGAGGUAGCGGCCUAUGAGAUCAACUCGCAAUCUCGCCUGCGUCCGUUCGGCAGGGGCCCUGCAGGCUUCCCUGCAUGGCUGAUGGACCGCGUUCACCCCCACAACUUCUUCAUCUCUUCCCAAGACAACCCAGAAGAGAACACAGUGAAUGUGACCCGGUGGUUACUAGACGAGCUGCAACUGAAAGAAGAAGACACGGUGAUAGUGAAGAUGGACAUAGAGGAGGCGGAGUGGGCGGUGCUGCGUGAGUGGCUGGCCAUCCCGCGCAUGCCCGCCAUCGUGGACGAGCUCUUUGUGGAAGUGCACUACCACCACCCCUCCAUGGAAGCAUUCACGUGGACGCCAGACAAGUUUAACCGCACACUCGAUGAGACGACACGAACCCAGCACCAAGGCGCGCACCACCUUGUCCUGUGUUCUGCGCUUGAUUAUGCAAGACGUGCAGCUGGGGUGCGGCUGGGCAGCCAAGAGGAAUGGUGCACUGCAGAGCAGAGGAGAACAUGCAGCAGCGGAUUCAGUGGGCCCAAAUCUUCCCCAUCGUCCCUCACUCACUUUCCUCCUCCCUCUUGGCACCAAUGCACAGACCACGUCCCAGGCAUUGUGGACCCCAUGCGUAUGAAGACGCAGCGCGGGCGGAUGGGGCUGGGGAAGCGGGAGGAAGAGGAGCGGUACGCUGCAGAGAAGGACGAGCAGCGGCAGAAGCUGGAGGCACAGCAACAGCGCAGGCCGCAGCUCGGCUCAUCUCCUGUGCAACAAGCACUACAAGCUGGCGAGCGAGAUGGACGUGCACCUCAGCAGCUACAACACGACCACAGGAAGUGGUUUCAAGAUACCAAGAAGAUUCAGCAGCAAGGAGUGCGAGAAGAGGAGCAACAGAAGGAGCAGCUGAGGGAGGAUAAGGACUUGCUGCGGUAUGCCAAACA